AUGGACAUGGAGAACGAAGUAUUUCUGUUCUGUGGAGCGAAAACGUCUCACCAUUACAAUAAGUUUUUUCAUCCGAACCUCUGUCAUGUUUGCAAGAGGAGAAGACUAGGGGCCAAGUUGAUAAAAUGCGACCGGUGCUUCCUAAUAUCUUAUUGCAGCGAGGAGCACAGAAAUCUACACUUAUCGCAACACCACGAGCUUUGCGUGGCCGCGGAAAAGUUCCUGAAAAUGAACUCGGGCUGGUUCAAUCGCCGUUUAACUAUGAACGAAUGGUUGGCCGCACAGAAUGCAUUUUUGUUGUCGGUCCAACAGACCAUACAUCGUAAAUGCGAGCUAUACGAGGAGGAGAUGUUCUUAUUCGCGAGAUCGUGCCUCAUUUGCCACAAACAGACUGAACUGUACACCUGCGACUCUUGCUUCUCCGCCGACUAUUGCUUGGAUCACUUAGAAGAAUUCAUACAACAUCACAAGCAAGUCUGUGAUAACUUGAUACUGUGGCUCAAUCUGGAGUUCACAGAUAAGGAAAUUAAAAGUGUGAUGCCGCUACCGUGGAAAUUCAUAAGGUUUCCUGACAAGGACAAACCUUUUAAUGAUAUGGUAACCUUCGUCAUGCAAUAUGUAAAGGAUGAAACGGACGGAUUGAAUGAAUGGUUCGCCCCGGAUUAUAUCUGUACUGAUUACGUGUCAGGACCGCUGACGCUGCAUCACGGGAUGUGGGAAGCGAACUUGUCGCACUACCUAGAAACCGAAUCUAUCUAUAUCAUUCAUGUCGUAGCCGCGAAUUCCACAGAUAAAAACGGUUUGCCAGCUUGGGAAAUAUUGUUACACCUUUUACCCAAGAUAAAGGUGUUGAUCAUCGUAAUGAUAGGACCAGAAUUACAAAUGGAGUUUGGUAUGCAUAACAUUUGUCCCGGUUGCAAUAUUAACGGAAAGAAGUUGAUUUACGAAUGUUGCCCUAUGUUGUAUCACGAUUACGUAAGCAACGUGAUGUACAGGAAACCGAACAUAAUCGUAGGAUUUCAAGCAACAUUAAAAUGUGGAUCGUCAUGGCCGAAGAGUAUCCAAGCAAUGCAGACUCAGAACUGCCCGUUACUUUUAACCGCUUAUACGUUAAUUGCAGCGAAAGAAGAAAUAGAUACGGUGCAACAAGUUCUGGGAACAAAACCCGUUCUCUUCGUCACAAAUAAAUUCAAGGCUCUAAGGCCAAUUAGAAGUUUUAAUUCUGUAAUUUAUCGUAAUGCAUACUUAAUCAUCUACAAGAAAUUAUAUGAAUUUAACCAUACAUAA